AUGGACCACCAGCUACCCAACAGCCAGGCGCCUGCCCCGCGACCACAGCCGCUGCAUGCGUAUCCACAACCACCCCAAGUACCGCCCAACUUGCAGCUGCAACCCCACUCCUCGCCGCCGCGCUCCCAGGUCGCCUCUCCCGCCCACCCACCACGCCAGCAGCAAUCAAAGGAAUCCGCCGCGUCCAAAUUCAAGGGCCCUCCAAGGGCAAUCAUCCUUGAAUUUGCGGUUUUUGCCCCUUCGGUUGCCCACGAGAUCGCCCUAGCUCAGAAGGGGAAACCGACGCCGGCCGUGCCCAAAUGGUCAAAGUUAGGCCACGCAGGCGUCAUUACCUGGAUGGUCCACCUCUCGGACUACUCGUUUGACUUGUUCAAACGAGAUUUCAUCACGAGGGUGUCGGUCGAUCGCGAACAUGUCUGCACGCAUUUGAGGAAGUUGGAGUUGGAGGGCAAUAAGAUCCAGUGGCGGUGCACAAUCCACAACAAUCGUGUUUUCGGAGUCGCCCGCAACACGGCAGUCACAUCCGAGGAAGAAUGGUUGAACUUCGUGACGGAGGUAGCUCGCAACCCCGGGAAUGAGGUCAAAGUGAAAAUCACCAUGCAGGACCCAUCAGUCCUGGAGAAGCAGGCUGCCGCGGUGAGAUCACUCUUUCUCAUUUGGAGCUUUUGA